CAAAAAUCUUUGCAUUGGUUAUCAAUUUAAAAUUAAAACUUCUAUAAAACUGGAAUCAUAAACAAAUGUUUUUUAAAUAUUUUUUAAUAUGUGGCGUACUUCAACAGGUGUUAUCACAGGAUUUGAAAGAUAACUGUACAUUUGCCGAAGACGAUUUGGAGCGUUCGGCAGUACAUGAUCUUCAUAUGGCUAAAGAGAGUUGUGAUGAAACCUUCGGACAAUGCUACAGUGAAGCCAACGACGAUCCCGAAACUGGAAACUGUAACGAAGAACAUAAUAACUGUUUGAAUAUGAUAGUAGAUGUUUAUCGAGAUUCUAUUAAAGAUUCCGAUUUUUCAAUGAAACUAUAUAAUGAGGCUCUUAGCGAUAUAGGUGAUGACUGCAAUGGAUUAUGUAGAUAUGAAUUAGUUUUUAUGAAAUUGGUCGAAGAACGUGUACUUUGCGGAUUAUAUCGUCAAUUAGAAAUAUAACUUAAUAAAAACA